GGGACGGAUACGCACGUACGCACGUACGCACAUACGCACAUGCACACACACGCACGCACCAUGCCAUGGCGUGGGAAACAAUCCGACGCCCGAAUUACCGUAUUUUCCGUAGCCUGCGUUUCCAGGGCCGAAGCGCGAGGCUCGGGCGCCCGAAAUGUGGCGAUCCGUUGGUGGCUGGUGGUUGGUGGUGCGGCUAACAACCCGCCCGCCCUUGCGCGCUGCUUCACGCUGCGGCGUAGGGAGAAGGAGAAGGGACUUCGAUGUUGGGUCGGAAAUUUAGCCAGGAUAGAAGGCAUUAGGAAUCCGCAGUCCUGCCCAUUCGGUAUAGUCGACCGUGAUCGUGGCUGGCGGAGGAGAGCUGCUAGGGAGAUUGGGGCCCGUAGCCCCUCCGCCUCUUCAGGCUUCCGCCUUUCACACGCCGCUUCAUGUGCCGCCACAGCCAGUCGUUUGCAUCGACCGGACUCUGUCCGUUCUGCAUAUCCGUCUCAUCACCGCUGCCUCCGCCUCCGCCGCCUCAACGUGUGAAAUGCGUGCGUACGCACUCCGUACUCCGUAUGUGUUUGGGUGUGCGUGCGUGCGUGUGCGUGCGUGUCUCUCCUCUCUUCUAGGCCCUCCUAUUCCCCUCUCCUUACGGAGAACUUCUCCUUACUCUUGCAGGCCCCUCUCAUUUAUACAAAACUAAACAAAAUCAACCAACCCCAACAAGCAGUCCUAUCUAUGUGAUGCCAAGAGAAUAAAGAAAAAAA